CUCUCUCUCUCUCUCUACUGUAAACACUAAUCCCAAUCCUUCUUCUACACAACUUGUUUCUCCUUCUCGUCAAAAUUCUCUUGUUUUCACCCCUAUAUAUAGGGCAUCACACACACAUACACAUAUAUACAGCUCUUCAAAAUACACACACGCAAUGGCGACAGAAGAUAAGCACGACGACGCGGCACUCGUCGACAGCGGCGGCGGCGCCGCCGAUCCGGUGUCGUUGGAGAAGGAGUUCGAGGAGAUGGCGGUGCCGUCGUGGAGGAACCAGAUCACAAUCAGGUCAGUCGUGGUCAGCGUUAUACUGAGCGCCGUCUUCAACGUCAUCGUCUGCAAACUGAAUCUCUCCACCGGAGUCAUCCCCUCCCUAAACGUGGCCGCCGGACUUCUCGGCUUCGCCAUGGUUAAAGGCUGGACGGUUCUGAUGGAAAAGGCCGGCUACCUAAAACAGCCUUUCACAAGACAGGAGAACACCGUUAUUCAGACGUGUGUUGUUGCCUCCUCCGGCAUCGCCUUCAGCAGCGGCACCGCCAGUUACCUCCUCGGAAUGAGCCCGAUCACCGCCGCUCAGGCCGACACCGGAAAUAACCCGAUGAACAUCAAGCAACUCUCUAUUGGAUGGAUGAUGGCGUAUCUUUUCACCGUCAGCUUCCUCGGUCUUUUCUCAAUAGUCCCCCUUAGAAAGGUGAUGAUCUUGAAAUACAAACUAACAUAUCCAAGCGGAACCGCAACAGCAUACCUUAUCAACAGCUUCCAUACUCCCAAAGGAGCUAAAGUAGCCAAGAAAAAAGUUUGGGUACUAUUCAAAUCCUUUGUGGGUAGCUUCCUUUGGGCGUGCUUCCAAUGGUUCUUCAAUGCUGCAGAUGGAUGUGGCUUUAGCAGCUUCCCGACAUUCGGACUCGGAGCUUUCAACAAGCGAUUCUACUUCGAUUUUUCGGCCACUUACGUCGGUGUAGGUAUGAUAUGCCCUUACAUGGUUAAUGUUUCCCUACUUAUCGGAGCUAUCUUAUCGUGGGGUAUACUAUGGCCCAUAAUCGAGUCCAAGAAAGGCGAUUGGUACAGCGCUGAACUACCGGCAAGCAGUCUUCACGGUAUCCAAGGUUAUCGGGUUUUUCUUGCUAUUGCAAUGAUGCUCGGUGACGGCCUAUACCACGUGGUCUACAUGCUGGCAGUGACAGCAAGGAGUUUCUUGCAGCACAAGGAAUCUGCAAACGAGGGGACGGGCGUUGACCAGAUAACGGACUAUGACGAGAGGAAGCGAACGGAGUUUUUCUUGAAAGACCAAAUUCCAAACAAAGUUGCUAUGGGCGGUUACGUUUUGCUGGCGGUUGUAUCUAUCAUUGUAAUCCCGUUGAUAUUCCAUCAAUUGAAAUGGUACCAAAUAUUAGUAGCCUACAUAAUCGCUCCGAUUCUUGCCUUCUGCAAUGCAUAUGGAUGCGGGCUAACCGAUUGGUCUUUAGCCUCAAACUACGGCAAAAUAGCAAUCCUCGUUUUCAGCUCGUGGGUCGGUAUGGAUCAAGGUGGGGUCCUCGCUGGACUCGCCUCGUGCGGUGUGAUGAUGAGCAUUGUCUCAACGGCUUCCGAUUUGAUGCAGGAUUUCAAGACAGGGUAUCUAACCCUAUCUUCUCCUAGGUCGAUGUUUGUCGGACAAGUACUAGGUACCGCUUUAGGGUGCUUCAUGUCGCCUUUGGUGUUUUGGAUCUUCUACAAAGCGUACAGUGUGGGUGACCCAACGGGUUCUUACCCUGCACCCUACGCAUUGAUGUACCGUGGGAUUGCCCUCUUGGGAGUCGAGGGUUUCUCCACGCUUCCCAAGAACUGCAUGACGCUCGUGAUUGUGUUUUUCAUCGGGGCGGUGGUUAUUAAUAUUGCGACGGAGCUUUUGAAGAGGUACGAGACUAAGUACAGGGUUUACAGGUUUGUGCCGAGCCCUAUGUGCAUGGCGAUUCCGUUUUACCUCGGAGCGUAUUUUGCGGUCGAUAUGUGUAUUGGGAGCUUGAUCUUGUUCAUUUGGGAGAUGAAGAACAGGAAUGGCGCCAAGGAGUUUGCUCCGGCGGUCGCUUCGGGCCUGAUAUGCGGCGACUCUUUGUGGGGAAUUCCGGCGGCUGUGUUGGCAUUGUCCGGGGUACAAGCUCCGAUUUGCAUGAAGUUUUUGUCUGCCUCGGCAAACAAGAGAGUUGAUGCUUUUUUAGGUUAGGUGGCUAGUUUAGAAUUAGUUUGUUUUUAUU